UUUGUCGCACACUAUACUUUAAAAAGCGUCACAGUGGAACGUUCCGCAUUAGAGAAUGAACGAUGUACGCUCUUGCGAGGCUUUUAUUUAUAACAGCGCUCUCGAUGGCACGCUCAAAUACGAGUGAGCCCAGCUCGGAGGAGAAUAAGCGCAUAGUUGGAGGCUCCGAUGUGCCAGAGAAUGAACAUAUUCCGUAUCAGGUCUCCAUGCAGUAUAAAACCGACGAGGGCCUGAGGCACUUCUGUGGUGGAUCCAUCAUAACACCCAAUCGGAUACUGACUGCCGCACAUUGCUGCGAUGGUCUCAAUACGACGCGUAUGUCGGUGCUGGCGGGUGUGCGGAACCUCGACGAUCGCCAUGGUGUUCGUUCGAAGGUCUUGAGCUGUACAAUCCAUCCCGACUAUAAAAUUUUGGUCACUAGCGAUAUAGCGGUGCUCAGCAUUGAUCCUCCACUAAAGUACAGUAAAUUCAGAAUUGCACCGAUUUCGGUGGAGGGCAAGGAGUUCGUAGGAGAUAACGUGCCCGUCACCCUAACCGGCUGGGGUCGACGCCUACCCAUAUCGAUUCCCCUUCUUGACAUACUCAAUUAUCCGAAUUCCCUGCAACGCAUGAGCUACCACACCAUUUCCAAUAAACAGUGCCGAGAGAGUGGUAUGGAAAAGGUGACUGACACGGAAAUUUGUGCGCGGGGGAUCUUCAGAGGUUCGUGUUCGGGCGACUCUGGUGGGCCACUGGUUACAAGAACCAGCAAAGGCGUGCAUCAAGUUGGAAUCGUCUCAUAUGGCUUAUCAAUAUGUGGCUUGUCCAUCACGCCAGACGUUUACACUAGGGUUUCUACUUUCAGUGACUGGAUACAAAGCGAAAUUACGAAGUGAAAUCUACUCGCAACUUCAAAAUAAAGCAAUUUAGCGUAAAGGAAU